UACACACACGCACGCACGCGCACACACACACACACACACACACACACAGACUCUCAGUGAAGUGUGUUCAUCUACUUCGGUCUUUAGCGCUGUGCGGCAUCUAACCUCCGACAAACAGCCGAACAGAGGAGUGGAAUGCCUCACAGCUGGGACUGUGGCGCCAGCCUGGAGCACGUCAGGCGGUUAGGCGUUGUCCAGCUGAGGGAGCUGCUGGAAGAUGAGGAGACUUUACUGCGCGCCGUCAGGAGCAGCAGACAGGUCCAGGAUCUUCAGAAGCAGAGUGAGGUUAAAUGGGCCUCCAACCGCAGGCUAGCAGAACAAAAUUUAUCCUACCAGCCGUACAUCAAAAACAGCAAAACGCUAUUAGUGGAAAAGUAUCAGCUUCUUGGCCAAGCCAUGUCUUCAUUAAGACGCAAACACAGGAAGCUGGGUGAGUAUCUCGAACUGCAUCUACCAGUGUUCUAUCAGUGUUCCAGCACUAGGUAUUCCGUCUUUUUAUUGUCUGGAUCUACAGAUGCUUUGCAUGGAAAACUGAGGCUCAAGGCCACCCGGCAGUUCCUAAAGCAGAAGGUUGCUCAUUUCAUGAACGAAUCUGAGAGUCUUUGGCAAAAGUUCUUAGAGGGCAACAUGCUGCCGGUGGAUUUUCUGGAAUCGUUUCGAAGCACUCGGAAGUUCUACUAUAGACACCUGGUUCAGGUGGAGAAGAUGCAGGACCUCAGCACACAUGAACAACCGAGAACAGAGACACUUCCCAAAUACUUUCACUCAGCAAAUACAGUGAACGUGUUCUACAGCCUCCCUCCGGUUAUGCUACCCAGCACAUUUCUCCCUGUAAUGGGACGUUCAUACCUGCCUCCUCUUAACCACCACGGUGGUGGUGCUAUGUGGACACCUUUUAUACCUCUGACUAAUCCUGGUCAGUCACAAGAAGAUAUGAGAGUUUGGUCGCAGAGACUGGAGCAUUUACAACAGCAGAAGGAAACUAAAGACCGUGGACCAAAAUCUUCACCAUGAACACCUCCACAGUUCAGUCUUAGGAGUUGGUCAAAUGGUCGGCCUCUUGCUAUGAAACAAUUAAACGAUGUUGAGAUCUGGACUCUGAGGUGGUUAGUACAUUGUUCCGAGAACACCAGCAAUUUUUUUUUCUCAGUAAGAGCUUCUUGAUAGCCGCGCAUGCUUAAGCACUGUUUAUCUGAAGUGGCAGUUUUGGUGGUCUACCAGGUCUUGCAUGGUUGUUAGAAGUCCCAUUUUCUCAAUAUAUCUUAAUAUAUAGUUUUUGUAAUUCCAGGUCUGGAAACCCAUUCUUUCACUCGUUUUCCUUUCACUACACAUCAUCUCAGAAACAUCAUCUGGAAAACGAAGCACUUGUACUUAAUGGCCAUUUUGACUGGACAUGAAAUGAAAGGUGGUCUGUAAUACUGUUCACAAAUAUGGAGUCACUUGUUGUGGUGGUGUAUUUGAACAACAGACUGAAAUAUAUAUAUAUAUAAAAUAGGUGCUUAGUAUUUAGGUAAGUUCUAAAUAUAUAAUUCCAAACGACAUGGCAAUUAUUUAUUUUUAUAGCAAUUUAUUGAUAAUUUAUCUGCCGUGAGAUUUGAUCACCACUUUUCAAAUAUGGAUUUAAUAAUGGAUUUGAGGCAAUCGUGGGCUGGAGGUCAGGGAACUGGCCCUGUGACCGGAAGGUCG